AACACAAAUUAGAAACAAGAAUUGAAGUACCUUGUCAGGCACCAUUAACGAGCAAGAGAGACACUUGUCGAUUUCACUAAGCCUUACACUUAACAAAGAAGAAAGGAUCGACACGCUUGCUCUCUCUAUACUCUUAAAAAGAUUUCAAUUUCCCCUGAGAGUUCUUGUACAAUGGGAUCUUACUUGAACUUCAAGAACUUUACUGACACGCCACAGAUAGAAAGCAAUGGUGAGAAGUCGAUGGGAAGUGGUAGCUUUCCUUUAGCUAGACAAUCUUCCAUGUACUCCUUGACAUUUGAGGAGCUCCAGAGUACCUGUGGUCUCGGAAAGGAUGUUGGUUCGAUGAAUUUGGAGGACCUCUUGAGGAAUAUUUGGACAGCUGAAGACUCUCAAGCCUUAGCAUCUUCUGCUGGUGUUGGAGAGGGGAGAAUGGCUGCGGGGAAUUUGCAGAGACAAGGUUCUUUAACACUGCCACAGACACUUAAUCAGCGGACUGUGGAUGAAGUAUGGAGAGAUUUCCAGAAUGAGACAACAGUUAGUUCCAAUCUUGGACAGAAGCAAUCCAAUUUGGGUGAAAUGACGUUAGAGGAGUUUUUGGUAAGAGCAGGAGUGGUGAGAGAUGAUAAUCAGCCAAAUGGAACCUCAAACAAUGCUGGAUUCCCCGGUGUUUUAGGUGAACCGAGUAGUAACAACAAUGCUCUGAAACCAACUCAAUGGCCCGGACUUUUGAGUAAUCAAUUUGCUGAGAGUAACAUGUUGAAUGUGGUUAGUGUCAAAUCUUCUCAACAGCAGCCUCAUCAGCAGCAACCUCUUAUUCCCAAGCAAAGGAAUGUUGACUUUGCAUCUCCUAUGCAAUUAGGGAACAAUUGCAAACUGGCUAGCCCAAGGGUGAGGGCUCUUGUUGUCAGCACAUCCAGUCGUUCUGUAAAUACUACUGUUGUUCAAGGCGGUGUUAUGCAGAAUGGAGUUACGGGCAUGGCAGGAUUGCGUAGUGGUGUUACAUUUGCACCAGCAAAGGGAGGAUCCCCUGGAAAUCAAUUGUCAUCCGAAAUGAUUUCUAACGACAAACUGAACAGGCCAUCUCCUUCCCCUUCACCUUAUGCAUUUAAUGAAGGUGGAAGAGGGAGGAAAUCAUGCAGCUCUUUGGAAAAAGUUGUGGAAAGAAGGCAUAAGAGGAUGAUUAAGAACAGAGAGUCCGCAGCAAGAUCAAGGGCUCGGAAGCAGGCCUAUACUUUAGAGUUGGAAGCUGAAGUGGCGAAGCUUAAAGAAAUUAAUGAAGAGUUGCAGGAAAAACAGUCUGAAUUUAUCGACCCGCAGAAAAAUCAGUUAUUGGAAAAAAUGAAUAUGCCAUUGGGGAGUAAGUUAAGAUGCUUGAGAAGGACACUGACAGGACCUUGGUAGACCUCCAGCAUACAGCUUUAGAGAAUAGUUAAGAGUCUUGUUAUAUGUGAAUAGUAAGGGUAA